AUGGGUUUUCCCCUGCCGAAUAGCAGCAUGCGUUUACCUAUAUGUGCGGGGCCUCCAGCUCCCAUGCGCGCGGCGGUGGGCCUGAUUUUGAUUGUGAUCCAUAUUGUCCGUGCUGCGGGGGUCCGCGCUGGCCAUCAGUGCGGCACUGCGUUGCCGAGCGCCCUGCCUUCGCAUAUUUCACGCGGCAGCCCCGCACAUUUUAUGGCGUGGCAGAUUCUUGGUGGACUAGCCAGCCUCGUGUUACAUCGAGUUCUGGAUGGACUGUUGUUUUCUGCACAUCGUGUCGCGCGAAGGUCCGAGCUGAUGGCGGCGCAGGUCCGCAUGGGUCUGAACUAUGCUUCUACUGGCAUUGGAAUGCGGAGUCCAAAGGAGGCUUGUUCUGGAGGACCCCGCGCAACUUCCCGAGCUUCAAUUGGCGAUUGGAUGCGCGCGAAUGCUUGUGGAACAAGGUUUCAGAGACGUCCGCGAUGUUCUUGCUUAGCUGCCUGUGCUUCUUCUUCCGGAUCCCUCUUGAUAUCCUGCUGUUCGGAAGUUGUUAUCCCGAAUGUUUGGUAUUCUUAUGUGUGUCCAGGUUCCAACUCCAGUUCGGUUGUUCCAGAAGUGCACCGAGCCCCUCGUGCGCGAGCAGGGUGGUUACGCAUCGCGUUGGGCAGGGGAGACGCCUCCCCUGAAUUUCCCCCUCACCGUCGCCGGUUUCCUCCUCGCCCGCCCCCGUCGCCAUCGUUCCCUUCCCCCCCCCCAUCUUGUCACCCCCCGCUUCGGCUUCGAGCGCUUUCAGCUGCUAUGCCGAGCCGCGACGAUUUCCCCCGGAUGAGCGACGUGGACGCCGAGGCCUUUUUCCGGGCAAAGCAUGUAGGCAUUUUCGUGAUGGAUUUUCUCCUGCCGAAUGGCAGCCUGUGGUUACCUGUGCGCGCGGGGCAUCCAGCUACCAUGCGCGCGGCGGUUGACAUGACUGCGAUUGUGAUCCAUUUUGUCCGUGCUGCGGGGGCCCGCAUUGGCCAUCAGCGCGGCACUGUGUUGCCGAGUGCCUUGCCAUCGCAGAUUUCAGACGCCAGCUCAGCACAUUUUAUGGCGUGGCAGAUUCUUGGUGGACUCGCUAGCCUCGUGAUCCAUCGAGUUCUUGGUGGACUACUUUUUGCUGCACAUCGUGUCGCAGAAGCGAAGAUCCGAGCUGAUGGUGAUGCAUGUCCGCAUGGGUCUGCACUAUGUUUCUAG